AUGAUGUUUUGGAAGGUUUCGUCGGCGAUCAUUCAUCACACCUGCUGUGGAGAUUUCGAUUCUGCCUUCUAUUUGUUAAAGUAUACGAAUGCUGAAGGGCUUGUUAUUGAACGUCUUGUUAUUGAAGAUCUUGAAAAUAACGCUACUAUGUAUGCAGAUGAUAACACUUACAUAUGCUGUAAGUCAACAAGAUCAACAGAUCAGUAUAAAGCAGAAAUGAAGGCUAUGGAUCCAGAAUUUUACUACCUGAUCAAGAGUGGCCAGUAG